UUCAUUCCAAAAGAGAAUAUCACAACUGUUUCAUUUAAAUCAAAUUGGAUUCACCGGAUUUCUUCUUGCUUCACGUAAUCAACCCACAAAUCUACCAUUGAGAAGAAGAAGAAGAAGACCAUAGACUAUUUAACAGAGAAAAACAAUUUAUGUUCUCAUGUCAUGGGUGCUUGCUUAAGCGAUCUAUACGAAACCCAGAAACCAUUUCAGACAGGGUCAAUUUCAAAGAGAAAAAGGAAGAAUGUGAGAAGCGAUAGUAAUUCGAGUACUACUUCUUCUGGUUCAAUCACUCAUCCUAAGAGUGAGGGUGAGAUAUUGCUGUCUUCUAACUUGAAGAAAUUCACAUUCGAUGAACUAAGAAACGCCACUAGAAACUUCCGUCCUGAUAGUGUGGUGGGUGAAGGAGGAUUUGGAUCGGUUUUCAAGGGUUGGAUUGAUGAGCAUUUACAGUUGGCUGCAACACCCGGUUCUGGGUUAGCCAUUGCUGUUAAAAAGCUUAACCAAGAAGGUCUUCAAGGGCAUAAGGAGUGGUUGGCUGAAAUAAACUAUCUUGGUCAAUUGAAACAUCCUAAUCUUGUGAAACUGGUUGGUUAUUGCUUAGAGAAUGAUCAUAGACUAUUGGUAUAUGAAUUCAUGGCAAGAGGAAGCAUGGAGAAUCAUUUAUUUAGAAGAGGAUCUUACUUCCAGCCACUCUCUUGGAGUCUUCGAAUGAAGGUUGCUCUUGGAGCUGCAAAGGGGCUCGCAUUUCUUCAUAGUGAAGAGGCUAAAGUUAUAUAUCGAGAUUUCAAAACUUCAAAUAUCUUGCUUGAUUCAGACUACAAUGCAAAGCUUUCGGAUUUUGGGCUGGCUAGGGAUGGUCCUACAGAUGAUAAGAGCUAUGUCUCUACUAGAGUCAUGGGGACAAUGGGUUAUGCAGCUCCUGAAUACAUUUCCACAGGGCAUCUUACGACGAAGAGUGAUGUAUAUAGUUUCGGGGUAGUAUUCCUAGAAAUGUUAACUAGCAAAAAGGCAAUUGACAAGAGUAGGCCAAUUGGAGAGCAAAGCUUGGUGAGUUGGGCUCAACCGCAUUUGAUGAACAAGAAGAGGAUCUUUCAUAUAUUUGAUAGGCGUCUUGAGGGACAAUAUUCGAUAGGACAGGCAGUAAAGGCGGCUAACCUUGCCCUUAGGUGUCUAUCUCUGGCGCCCAAGUCGAGACCGAGUAUGGAUGAGGUGGUGGUUGCCCUCGAGCGAAUUCAGGAAAGGAAGAAAGUUUCAGUCAAGAGCAAACUAAACGAAAAUAAAAUCAGUAGCACUAAUGUGCAUAAAUCGUUUAAAAAUAGUGCAUCUCUAUAUACUUGAUAAUUUUAACAUUGAAGAACAUCAAUGUUCUUAUGAUUUUUUUGAAUUUUGAAUAUAAUUAUAAAUGGGACUUUUGAUGAAAACCCAUUAUUAAGAAAACAAAUAUGUUGUAGUUUGUUUGUGUUUUAAGUUUCCAUAUCUGUAAAUAUAAAUCUCGUAUUUCUUACGUUAUAGA